AUGGCGCCCACUACCAACGUUCCCAACUCUCCCAAAGAGAGCAUUGCAAACAUUUUCAAUUCCUAUGUUGCCGCUGCCGCCAUCGCUGCCGCUUGGGAAGUUGGUCUUCUUGAUCAAGUUCGGGCCCAAAAGGUGGUGGAUAUCAACCUAUUCGCAGCUGAUCACGAUCUUCACCUGGAAUCCACGGAUGCCCUGGUCUCGACUCUUGCCAUGGUUGAAGUACUUGAGCGCGAAGGGACUCAUUCCAAGCCGGGGAGGCUCUUGGAAGAGGCCUACCAAACUAAAGGGCUGUUUCAUUGGCUUGCUCUUGGAUCUGGUAGUCUCUUCGCACAAACCCAGCAUGCCUUGCGUAACGAGAACCGCAAGGGAAAGUAUUUCACUCGCGACUCAGCAGCCAUCGCACUGGCAUGCCGUGAGGCCAGCCUGCAAUACAUCGACCCGGUCUUCCUGGAUGCCAUGGGCAAAUCAGGUUGCAAAUUCAACUCGGCUGUGGACUUGGGAAGCGGGAGCGGCGAAAGACUGAUGCAGAUAUUGGACCGCUUCCCCAGAAGUACUGGUAUUGGCAUUGAUAUUGCUGGCCCAGCAAACAAAUGUGCCACGGCUGACGCCGUACGCCGUGGGUACAGCAGUCGCCUCACCUUUAUGGAGGGCGAUGCGCGAGACCUCAGCUACCAGGAUGAGUUUACUCGAGUCGAUCUCUUGACGUCCUUCUUGAUGGGUCAUGACUUUUGGCCUAGGGAGAAUUGUAUUGCCACUUUGAAAAACCUCCGAAGCAUCUUCCCAAACGUGCAGCGGUUCUUUCUAUGUGAUACUGUGCGGAUCUUGAUCAACAGACCUGAAUCCCGACAUGCUGUCACAGAAGAUGCUGUGCCGAUCUUCACGUUGGGAUUCGAGUUUGGCCAUGCACUCAUGGAUCAGACUAUACCUACUUUGGAGGACUGGGAAGGUGUUUUCGAAGAGGGGGGAUGGCGGUGUGUCAAGCAGCAUCACAUAUCGCCUCCUUCUCUUACUGUUCUCUUCGAGUUGGAACCUCUCAAGGUCGAAUAG